AUACCUCUUUUCAGAACAGGUCCGAGUCAAAUAGCAAUGAUUCGAAGCACUUCUUUUUCCAUUACACCUAUUUCGCUAAGGAUUUCUCAAUGUUGCUCCAAUACCUGAGAAGAAAGCUUGCUUCCAGCUUACAACUGAUCUUUCCUGGCAUGAGAUCCCGAUUUGCAUCACUGUUUCAAUUUCCCUAUACGGUUCCGUUCCCCUUCUUGUCUUGCCUAUGAAUCCGUAGUUCCCUCAGAUAGACAGGCCUGGCCAUCAAUAGAAGCAAUACUAAUCCAUUGUUGAUACUAGGGCGAAUCCAAAUAAUCCCAAAUCCUUGACUUGAGGAUCUACUGGCUCUGGCUAAUCCCAAUCCUGCUUUCAUGCUUUCUUUCUUUCUAGUCUACUUUCCUGCUUGACUGUUACACUCAGUGUAGUCUCUAUUUCCUCUAGAUAGCCUAUUCCUGGCACCUUUUAGGAAGCAAGCUUUCCAAUGACUAGCCGAAAGGAGAGAGAGGUAGGGAUCAUGGAAGCGCGAGCUCCUAUCAUUGGAACCGGAGAAAUGGCUAGAUGAGAACUGGCAUCAAACAACUUGACUUGUCUGUCUCGAUGGAUAAAGCAAAGCCAGGAACCAGGAUAGGGAUAGUACGGAUGCCUUGCCUACUUACUGGAGGAGUGAUGAUAGGAUAUAUAUGGAUGGCCACCCAAACCAUUCAACCUAAGAAUAUUUCCAAGCAAAGAUCUGGUGAAACAGCUGUGAAGGAAUGAAUGGGAUACUAGUACUUAAGGAAGGAGAUAGAGGGUCUAGUAUCGUUCUACUACUGCCUACAGGAAGAAAGCAAAGGGAAAGUCACUACUCCAAAAGCUAAAGAGAAGGUCAGAUCCAAGGACAUGGAUUUGUAGAACGGCUUCCAAUAACCGAUCAUCUAGAUGAGAUUAGACCUGAGUGAGCAGACUUCUCUGUAUAUGAGUCGCCUUCCGAGAUGGUAUUGCCUUGACUCAUUCCUUGAAUUGACAAGAGAAGUAUUUCUAGCCUCUAGUGGCACAUGUUCCUUCCUCACGGAUAUGAGAGACGGUAAGUGCAACUCGAAAGUGUGCUAGCUGUUGUGCUAAUUCUUGCUGAGUAGCUGGUUGAAGCCCAGAAGUGGAGGCGAGCCCAGUUCAAUCGUGAAGUUCCUCCUUUCGUGGCUUGUCGGCAUCAUAAGUAAAUGAGAGAUGAUUUCCGAGUGACUGGUGGAAAGGGAAGAACCCGAGAGGGCAUAUAGAUUUCGAUUCCUCCCCCCGGCACUAGUAGAUACGAUAUUUCGAGAUUGCUAGAUAAUCUCACUACGGUUCGAAUCCUCCAGAUUGCGAGUUCCAGAAAAAGAAUUUAUUUUUUGACUAAAACAUCCAAGAAAACGGAAUAAGAACGCGCUUACAACGCCGAUGAAAGGAACCAGAACAAGUGUAUGGCAAAUUUCCUUUAGUAGAUAUUCCAGUGGAUCAAUAAAAAGAAGGUACUCGUCCUGGUGCACCCGUAGGUUUUGCCCUUUCUAGAAUUCAUCUACCGUUGUAGGAAUCCUCAUCCGAUGUACGAAUCCCGUGGAGGAAAGAAGCUGGUAUUUAUCGCCUUGAUCCCGUGGAGGAAGAAUGGAGGCACUUGGCCAUAGCUCACGCUAUGAUCCCGAACCCCAAAAGCCAGAUGUGUGCGACCGAGGCGUGAUAUCACUACGGUUCGAAACUGUUGAGCCCCUUCACCACCCCCUAUACGGAACUCUCCCUCUGACUUCCUUCAAUCCAUCAAGUAUUGCACAUGUGUAGAUUCUCGGGUAAAAAACAGCAUUUUGGCUUAGAAUGACACUUGCUGCUUCCCGGGUUUUGGCAUUGACUCGAGUUAAGUAAGAGCUUACCAUCUUUUUCAGAUGAUAAGUAAAUAAGGCCCGUUCUGACGGUUCGUUAUCCAGUUUCGAAAAAAGGUGCUUACUAGUGUCUCGUCGUUAUCCGGGGGGAGGGUUGUCUCCACUCUAAAGAAUGUGCAUUGAUUUUAUUGCUCUAAAGCUCGCCUAACUUAUUUGACUUGACAAGAACAGUGGAAGAGAAAGAUUCUCAACGUCUAACAGCUGCUUUAGCUUGAAUCGGGUUGCGCUGAGUUGAGUGAGUGGAAAUGAGUUGAAAUAUGGAAGCGAGAACAGCUCCGCCGCUUGAGAAGAGACCCAGAAUUGCUCAUAAAACUCUGUUUCAACAUUUUCUGGGUUUAGAGCACAUUAGAAAUAUGGAGUAGGUAAUCCGCUUGGUUUCCCUGAUUUCUCUAUCUUAGAUCCGCAUACCAUACCCGGUUCAGAUUGGAAAGCCAAGGUAGUGGCGCUGCUCUUUUAAAAAAAGUAGUGCAGGUCCGUUUGUUUCUGUUUGUGGUGUAGACUUAUGGUGGGAUACAGCCUCCGGGAUGGGUGUGCCAGAGUAGAAUGAGAUCUUGAAUAGCUUGCUUCUUACCAUGAGCUUGAAGGGCAGGGAUGCGUUCUCUAGAUGCGAAUAGUUAGAACCCGUUCAUCUAUCUAUCUAACCUUGGUAAUGUGAAUGGGUUAGGGGUGACGGGCAAGCCAAAGCUGGUAAAGAAAAAGAAGUGGGACGUGUUUUUACCUGUCCUCUGGUUAGUGUCUUUCCAGCAUUUAUAGCUUUGUUAGCGGGUGGUUAGUUAGUGUUUGAUUGAGGCCUAAGCUCGUGUAGCAAUGCGGGCUCGCUCAUUCAAUUAAUUAUCAAGUUGGGUUUGCUUUUCAACAAAUAGCUUCAGACUUUAGCUUCUUACUUAUUGUGUGUAGUCCCGUUCUUUGCUUAUUUAUGGUUAUUUGUGUAGUCGAGUCGAGUAGUACGUAUCUUACUUUGUUUUUUGUUUGGUGGUGUAGCAAAUAUAGACUUCAGAGAGUAUAUAUAGAAAGUCUGUCUAUCUAGGAGGCAUAGUUAGAUCGUUUUUCCAAUGCAUGGUAAGUCCAAUGGGCUAUUAUUUUCUUCUUAAAGAAAGGCAAUUACCUAAGUAGAAAUAGCACAAUCCACUCUAUAAGGGCAAUGCGCAUUAAAUUACGUCGGCUGUCAAGGCUUUUUCCGCUUUUUCACUAAAUAGUCCUCCCUUGCUAUUAUUGCCACUCUAUAUAGCAGUUUGUCUGUAGUAUCCCUACGUAGGCUUCUAUCUAUGAUAGCUGUCCUUGCUUUAGUUGGCAAGCAGGCGGGAAAGCUAACUGGUGAACUUGCUGAACAUGCUCAAACUGAUCAUCAUCAAGUUGAACGAGCGGAGUACUUUACUUUACACAAGUAGUGGUUUACCAGGAACUCGUAUAGUAUAAGAGCUAGUCAUAUAAACUAGUAGUAGACGGUUGCUUCGAGGCGCGCCUUCGGCCUUUUAUCGAAUUUCAUCCAUCUUCUCUAUGUCAUACUUGGCCAGUGACUUCCAGAAAGAGAGCGUAUUUCCAGGUCUGAUGGAUGCGAGCUGCAACACUUCCAAGCCGAUUAUGGGUGGCUCGCUACACUGUGAGUUCCACUCUACUCUAAGGGAAGGGUAGAGUAGUUGCUAAGUUUUCCACAUAGGAAAAUGCAAGUGAUUGUACGAGAUCAGUCAACGAGGCAGGCGCGAAGCGGCAAGGCAAGUGAGGAGUCUUGGAUUCUCUAUGAUGGGCAUAUCUCACUGAAAACGAGGCAGAGGCGCGAAGCGAAAUAGUAGGAGUUAUCAGCUAGCACAUUUCCCUUUGCUAUUUCUCUUUUAUCAAGAGAUAUUUGCUCUAUGCUCAGUUUAGAACUCACGUUGUCAAAUCCAAAAGAGUAUGCAAGAAUGUGGCCCCUACCCUAAGAGGAUAAGCGUUCUUUUGUGUUCCUAGCUUGUUGAACACAGCACGAAAUCAGAAGUCUAAGUGAUAGACUGAGCUGGGCUGAGAACAUCUGAAGUAAGCAUGACCACUAGUUACGUGCUACCCAGUGUGCAGUGCUGAAUAGGCCUUAGGGAUGACCCCAUGGGCAUGUACGAAGAAGACUAGUGGGGAACAGCAUGUCACCAAAGGUGCUAGCUGACCGGCACUUGUAUUAUUCAUAUUUUUUAUUCUAUCAAGCCGAUAGCAUAAUCAUUUUCUAACUAAUCAAGUUAUGUGACAUCUACCGAUCCCGUGAUUCCGAAUCAAGAGAUGAUUUGAGCAACUCGUGAGUCAAGUAGUAUAGUAGAUUAGCCCUCGUAAGGCCUCCCACUAGUUAAGUAUCCGUCCUAACGUCAGGAAUAGAGUAAAGGGACGACCUUUUCUCUCCUUUCCAAGUGCUUGCUCUUUCGUUAAGCAUAAACUCAGAUAGGCGUAGAAUUGGUGUCUGUGUGUUUCAUUGGUAUGGUACGUAGACCCGGCCCUGUAUUCAUACGCGAAAGAAAGAGUCGAUGAUCUUCUAGCUCCGCGCAAGAGAAGAUACGAUUGAGGCGCGCAGCGAGAUCCGUGAAAGGCAAAAGCCAGUAGCAAUAAAGUAUUCUACACCGUAUGUAUCGUAUUUGUUGCAUAAAAUCCGUACGUAACCUGAGCCCGUGCCUUAAAAAAAGGGGAAGGAUAACUUCGUUCCUCAUUUCCAUCGUCUUCCGAGAAGCAUCUUCUCUCCGGAUUAUUAAGUUGUUCAACAAGGGCUGAUAUGGCGGAUUGGCUUAAAGAAUAUGGGAUUCUCAGCUCGUGGAUCUGUUCAUUCAUAGCAUAGGGGUAGAUUAAGCUUUAGAACAAGGAUUUGCUCUAUAACCCGGGAAAGGAAGCUUCUACGUGAAGUUAGCGAGACGGGUGGUGCCAUUUAUAGAAAAAGAUUGGCUACAAUAGCACUUUAUGCACUUCACUUUUGGCUAUUCUACAUGGGCAACAACUAGCCUGGGAAAUGGGCUUCAUUCAAGUCUUGGUCUUUUCGGAUUCACUUAUUUACGUGCAUUUUCUUAAGGAAAGAGCCUACCUACUCAAACCUGAUAGAUGGAUGGAAUGAACCUAGCAUAGCGAAUUCAUGAAGUUGAAUAUAAGAAAGAAAGCCUACAAGUAUAGAAAGAAGUGCUAGUAUCCUUCGAUUUCAUUUCUUCGCUUUUAUAGAGCUUUUCCUUUUACCUAAUGCCGGCUACCGACAACUCUUGCUAUCCAAUCCUGACCCAUGACCAACCUGUAAGGUGUUCCCUAGUGAACUGAAUUUCUGGGAACAUAAAUAGAAAAAUGACUGUGCACUCUAAUUUGGUAUAAAAAUAUAUGACAACAUUGUUGAGCUGUCUAUACUCUGACUCUGCAUUCAAAUGGGGGUAAAAAUGCUUGGUGUCCAACCAGAUAUCCACAGAGAAUAGUCAGUAUUAGUUUACCAUUUUUUAAUACAUAUUUCGAAACCAAUUGCAUCUCUGGUAACUCUGAAAUUACUUGAAUCAGUAUUGCUAUGAGAUCCCCUCUCCAGUACUGCAUGUUUCCUUGCCGCUCCAGUUGGUUUACUCCCAGAGACAUGAUUAGUACCACCAGAGCUUGAAUCAAUCAUUCCAUCCCCAACUCCUACAUCAGAAACAACAGGGUCUAUUUCAGUAAGCCUCCACCUAUAAACCAAACCAUGUUCUUUUUCCAGAGACCCCUCCAUUACUACCUCCCCCAGGACAUGUCCAGUUCAAUUACCAUCUAUAUUCAAAGCACCCGUAAAAUCUUGGAGUGGUAUCAAAGUAGGAUCAUCGUUAAUCACUUAUGGAUGCCUACAAACAAUAUGCUAACUAUAUAUAAGACACCAAGGGUUACAAGUAUAGUUACUUUUUUUAGAUGUUAUUCUCAAGUGCAUUGAGUGAAAGCUGUAAUUCACUCCUCCUGGGUCCAUUUACUUUUAAUGAUUUUUCAAUUUCCCCAAAAGAAUAGAUGGAGAUUCAUGCUAAUAAAGAAUAGCUAAGGAAAAGAAAGGAUUGAGGCAAAAGCUCUACAUCCCGUGUAAAGAAGUCAGAAAAUCUUUAUGAGUUUUUAGAAUGGAAGCUUCUGACUUUAGAUUUCUUUAGUCAGGGAGGAGCUUAGAGCCCACAGAAAUUAUAACAAGAAUCCUAUUUAUCAGCAUAAAGCCCCUCACCGAGCCAUGAGGCUGAUCCACUGGAUUCAUUGCAACACCACGAACAAUGGGGCGUCUGCCUAAUCACCGACUUCAAACGAAUUUCCCUCGUGAAUGCAUCGAGGAACUGAGGACAGGACGUUUCCGAUUGGCACGUACUAAACACUUUUCCUGAUCCGGUUUAGGUGGGUGGGUUAAGUGCACUUCCCAAUCGAAGAUUCUCGUCUCGUUUCACUUGCAUUUAGUUGAACAUUUUAAGUAGAGAAGAGGAAGGAGGCAGGGGAGGCAGAUAGGGACAUAACUAGUUGCUAAGCCCAGUCAGUAGCUGGAAAGGAGAAGUGAACUGGUUGAGAGGAAGAGAGUCUUUCGAGGACAACAGCGAAGGAUUUCAAUCAAGAAUUUACAUAGAUAAAGAGUUGAUAGUUGAUGCUAGUGAUGCACAGGGGAAAACGCUACUAUGCUCCAUGAAUUUCGUAUGAGUUAGUUAUUGGCUGGCGGAUCCUCAGCUUUAGCGAGUUCACUCGUAGAAAUGUCCGUUUGAUUGCUCCUCGGGUGCUUCCUUCUUUCAAAUCUAGAUUUCCUAGAAUCAUACCUUCGUCCAUUCUUGGCAAGCCUUCUUCUCUGAUGGUAUAGAUGAAGACACCGGAUCCCCAUCCUUAGCCAAACCUUCAAUUCAAGCUAGGGCAACAAAGGUUUCAUCAGAAAGGGAUGGAUGGCCUCCACUCGGGCUUGACCUACUAGACUAUCGCUCGAGAAAAGGUUGCUAAAGGUCGUUGUAUGCUCUAGUGUGCUAAGUUGCUGAUUGCCUUCCAACUAAUGGGUUGUGGAGUGCUAGGUACUUGAGUAGGCUUGCUUGCCGCUCUUCCGUCUAAGAAGUGCUUUGUAGCCCAACAAGCAACGGCUGCACUGCGGGAAUCCCAGUGAGUAACUACUAAGCAAGAAAACGGAUGCGCCUAACGCGCACCGGCUUUCGCGCUAGCGCUCAAUCCGUUGCUUGUAGGGAAGAGUAGUGCGUUCCCUUAACUUGGCUAAGUUGAACCGGGCGUCUAGUUCUCAGAUGGAAAUAACGGUAGUAAGAGCUAGGCAAGCAAAGCAAUAGAAGGUGGAAAUACUGCACCAAGGAUGAAAAGCUAGCAGUUGACCGAGAUACCUAGUAAGUUAGGUACUAUUAUAUAUAUUAUAUGGUGACCCACAUACAUUUCUUCUUUCAACUCACUCUUUCUUUGCUUUUAUUUAGCAACUACCCUAUCUGCCGAGAGUUGACCGACCCUCUUAUUUCAAAAGUAAGUGAGCCUAUUGCUGUCCCCACUAUGUAAGUGAGCCUAUUGCCCUACUAUCUAUGAAUGUAGAUUUCCUUCUUUCAGUUUACCCCGACUGACUGUAUUUCUAUAGCUAGCUCUUUGGCAGGCUAUUUUCUUUGGAAAAUCAGGUCUUGAGGACGAAAAACACGAUAAAAUGGACUUGCCUACUUUUGCACCGAAGAAACUCAUAAGUAAUCCAAUUUCCGAGGACACGAACGGAAGUAAGCUGUUUUUGGUAUUCGUAUCGGAAUUAGCCAGAAGAAGAAACCAUUUUCACUGCCCUUCAUUCUUUGGCCUGCCUGCCGGGUUAGGGGAGCUCACAAGUCAACUCAGUUAAUCGAGAUGGCUAUGCGAAUGAGAAACUAGAGAAUCACCUCUCCUCACUAGAAGCCCUAAAGCUGCAGGGAAAGUUCGGAUUUAAGAGUUAGUUGGGUUCAAAAGAUAGCUCCUCAACACAACUGAAGAAAGCAAAGAAAGAACCGCGAAAGUCAAGGAUGGAAACUCCCUACUAAGCAAUUGAAGCUAGCCAGGUGGAAAAUAAAGUACAAGUAGGAGUGGCGGGUUUAGUGGAAAAGAGGGAGAUCCGGACUCACUUCUACCAAUCGAAGAUUAUCGUAUUGUAAUUCAAGGCAAAUGAUAGUCAGAAAAUCUACUCAAAAUGCAGAAGUUAGGCUUCUUCCGGUUCUAGAGUAGUGGCUUCAAGCUCCAGUCUUAGUUUGACUAGAGAUCAAAUCGAAAAAGGCUCCCCGUGGACUCUACGCAGGACUUUUUUCUAAGCCUUACAUAAUUUGAAUUUCUCUUGCAUUUUAUUUUGACUUUAGCUCAUCAUGUCUCGUUUGGAAGUGAUCUGUUCUAAAUUAUUGGGUAAGUUCUUAUUGGGUUUUCAUUUUCAUGACUUACCUAAAGAUAUCCUUUUCUUCCUCAUUCUGAUUUUGGUUUUCGUAUCACGGAUGUUGGUUCGCGCUUUAUGGCCGCGUUGCCCAGUUUGGGCUGCUCGCGUUUUCACUCUGUUGAGUGUAACAACAGCACUUUUUUAUUAUUCUUCUUUGAUGACCACAGCGGAAUGGGUAACGAACCUGAUCAGAAUGCGGGGGGGAUCCGCUGCGGGCAACCCCGAUGGAACCUCUAGCCCGUCCUCGUCGUUUUUCCAGGGGCUUUCUCGGGAGAUACCCGGGGCACCUGUGGAACCUGGGCAAGAGGUGCAGCAGCCGGAAAUGGCUUUAGCGGCGCCUAAUCCAUCGAUUCAGCCAACUGAUCGGGGAGAGCAGAGCCGUCGAGUGCUCCGCUUGGGCCGGACCAGCCAGAGGACAGCAGUGCACCUUCAAGGCCGCUUACCGAGCAAGAUAUCAGGACUAUGGAACAGUUAUUCGAUAUUGAAGAAGAAUUGAAACCAAUCAUUAUUGGUUUUUACAAUGAAUUGGGGUCGAAGAAAGUGGGCGAGUUGCGCCCACUUGGUGGAUGAUUUAACUGAGCGCCACGGGGCGGAAAAGAUGCCCGAAAUCUUACAAAGUUUUAGGGACCCUAUUUCGCUUAAAUUUAUAAGGAUUUCCGGGACCUCCGGGCUUCUAAAGGGACGGAAGCUAAUCUCGAGAGAGAGGAGAUGGGAAUGAGACACCUCAGAGGUCCUAGACGGAGAUAGGACUUGAAGGCGGAAAGUAUGGAAAAACAUCUUGUAAUGUAUUUAACCAGAAAACGCCUUUCGUUUUCCCUCCUUCCCUAGCCGCCUUCCUUAACAAGCCCUCGAGCCGUACAUUUUAGAAGAGGCGGUUCGUUCCUAUCUGGACAAAGGAAUGGAUAAUCUUUCUAUUCUCCGGGCAGCUUAUCAAGAUCUGCGGGAGAAUGGGGAAGGAUCCAUCUUCUUUUUGGAGGUGGUUUCGCACAACCAGGAUUACCUGGAUGCACAGACCACUUCCAGGAGGUGCCAUGAAUUGGCGCAAAGGAUCCGAUGGGAUGGAAUCGCCCGCAGCCGUGCUCAGCUCGAAAGGGCUGAGUAUGAGCAUGCGCUACUAUUGUUUCAAUAUGAAGAUCUCAAAAGGGGGCGGGGGCAUAUUUAAGCAUUCCUAUUUUAGUUUAGCGGCAAGCGCCUUUAUGUGACCUAACAGGACUUUUGAAUUAACUCAGUGAUUUUGCAGGCAGACGGAGGAGAGGAAAUGAAAGCAGAAGAAGUUAUCGAAACACAUGUUCAAUCUUUUUUUAGCGGUUUCCCCAGAGAUCUUUCUCAUUAACGCAACCUUCAUUUUGCUCAUUCAUGGAGUUGUAUUUAGUACCUCUAAGAAAGAUGAUUAUCCACCGUUAGUUAGUAAUGUGGGUUGGCUUGGAUUACUUAGUGUUGCGCGCCUAGGAGGGCAGCGCGCUUGGGAUGCGGAGGAGCUAUUAUCGCCCAGCUCCCUAACCUAAUGCGGCCGGACCGCAGGGAACCUUAGCAUGGGGGGACGUCCUAAUCCUUUUGCCGCCGCAAGGCUGGCUAAUCGUACGCAGCAGGAGCAAGGGAACUCCCCUGGUUCAGGAAGGCACAUGAGUCCGAACGCUAUUAUGAAUGUGCGACCGACACUACACUACGUAGGUACCUGUGCAUGCAGGUGAGGCGUCGGUCGGUCCUAAAAACGGCGGCAGCUAGCGAGGAGUUAACGACCGGACGUGCUGCAACCUAGGGAUCACCAGGCAGCUCUUUCGCUCUAUAGGGAUAUCGGGGGGGGGCAUAGCACAAUUCUUCUUGGAGGAGGGUUGGUUUGCCCAGGUGACUGAUCCUGCCAUAAUAUACUCCCGCCAAUUCUAUUGCACCGGCAACCGAAGUCGAACAUACAUACGACGAUCUUCAUGCGUGAAGGGACGGGAGGAAAGAAAGGGCGGUAGAUGAUAAUGCGAAAGGGCGCCGCGUCUGGGCGGGCGGGCUUGAUAGUAAAGCCAAAGAAAGACGCCCCAAGACAAGGUACAACUGUUGGGAAGGGGACAUGAUCAAUAGAACCCGGCUGGAUCCGGGCUGGGAUAGUGGCGCCCAUUCCUAACCAGUUCAUAAAAGGUUCGCUCAUGCUGGAGGUACUAACCACUUAGUGAUCGGUCCGCUAGUUCACGCAAAUCCGAAGAAGUUAUCACGGACGAGCCACAUGCAGGGAAACUUGCACGUGUGGUUCUGGCCGGGCUUUCCUUCGGUAUCUAAUAACCUUGCUUCUGCUCGCCGCUGGCGCACCUCUCCUAACUAUUGCCCAUUUAUUCUGGAAUAAUUUUUUUAGGAGGGACAAUUUUACAUAUUUCUGCCAAAUCCUUCUAUUAUUAAGUACGGCUGGUACCAUUUCGAUGUGUUUCGAUUCUUUCGAAAAAGAGAGGUUUGAUGCUUUUGAAUUCAUUGUAUUAAUUCCACUUCCUACUCGCAGUAUGCUCUUAAUGAUCCCGGCUCAUGAUUUAAUUGCCAUGUAUUUAGCUAUUGAGCUUCAAAGUUUAUGUUUUUAUGUGAUCGCAGCAUCAAAAAGAAAGUCUGAAUUUUCCACGGAAGCCGGCUCAAAAUAUUUGAUCUUAGGUGCAUUUCCCUCUGGAAUAUUAUUGUUCGGGUGCGACCGGACUACUACCGAUCAAUUUUUGGAAACUUCUUUAUAGACUUGUAGAGACCCUCUAUGUAGUUGUAAUUCUUGGGCAAUCGAUCUACUUUCCCCAUAGCCCUAAGGCUGUGUCUCGAUCUCCUACGUGCGAAAGAUAAGAUACGGGAGACGGGGUCCUAUGGUAUGGGUCUUCGACCCUUGGUCUAAUUCCACGACGGAGAGUCGGCGUGGCGUAAAGUGAAGAUUGGGGGGAAUAGAGCGAAAUCCCCGUCUGGGGUAUUCCGAAGGUGUAACCUAGGCAACGAAAAAGGGGCCCGAUACUUCAACUAAAGGAGCGACCUGUUGGUUCACCAAACCCCGACCCAGUGUCACACGUUCUCCAGGUCCGAAGGGAUCCAGUGCCCAACUACCGACUCCUCCCGGAAUUGCGUUAUCGGAGCCGAGCCAGGAAUAGCCGUUAGUGGACACCUACCACUUUUCACCGGUUAGAGAGGCCCUCUUUAAUACAUUAAGAAAAUAUGUUCACAGGGGCCAGAAAGACUCGGUCAUAGGAACUUCAACCACCUACGCGCUGGUAAACGAAAACCACCUCGACCGGAUCUACCGAACGAAGAAGGCCGCCCGAAUUAACACGCCAAAAGGGCCACCAGCUUUCCCCAAAAAAAGGGGAGAUCCGCUGCUUACUGCUCACGGAAACAUCCGACCUUAUCGUCAAGUCGUCUGCCUAUCUUUCUGAUCUCAUUCGUUUUCCGAUCGCAUAAAAAGAUCAAAAAAGAAAUGUGAGAAUGUAGUUACAGAUGUGAAAAAAGUAAAUAUCUCUCUGUCUGUGUUCUUAAAUCAUUCAUUGGAUGAUGUGCGUUUCAUCAAGUAUGAACUUCUUUCUUUUUUUUCUAUGCAAUUUAAGUACCGGAUCGACAUCCAUUUAUUUCAGUGCCCUCAUCCGCUCCGCGUGUAUGUCUGUGUGGCUCUGGAAGGCCUUACUUUACUAAUACUAACAGGUAGGGCGCGUUACUUUUUUUCUUUUUUUUCGCAUGUUUAGAUUAUUUACUUGCCCUUUCACUUUUUCUUCGGCUGUCACCAACUUUGUUCAAUGCUAGUCCCUAACCCAUGAAUAAGGGCUCCGCUGGCUACCGGGUUCAGAGAAGUUUGUAAGCUCUUUCUCUUUUUUGUUUUUCGCCACCUCCUCCGUUUAAGGUCUUUAAUUCGAUUCGGCAUUAGCUUCGUUAGAGAAAGCCAUGCGUGAACUACAAAGCACGGGAUCCUGAACACCACGAAAGAAAGCGUACUACUUUUCAAUAAGGUCCGACUUACUUUUCAGAGAGGAGAGACAUGAACUUGUUUUAGGCGUAGAAAAGGUAUGAAAGAUUUCUUGAAAAGAGGUAGGGACUGGUCUCGCUGCUAAGGGAGAAGGAGACCUCUGUCGGAGCAAGCUAAAGAACCCACUUUAGAUCGUCGAUUUCAGGUAAGGCACUCGAUCAAGCCUAUACAUCCGGGAAUUUCGCUCCAAACCAAAGACGACUUGCUUUGCUGCAUUUCUGGCUUUACUUUAUUUUUUUUUGCGAAAGAAAGGCCAUAUGAUCUACUUUCUGGUGCCGGUCCCUUCACAAAGAUAGCCCCUUCUUGCUCUUAUUCUUAUUCGGUGGAAUACAAUAGUUCUGAAGCUCCUUUCUUUCAAGUGAAAGUUGCCUAUCUUUGCUUUGGAAUCCAAUCCAGUUGAAAACAAACAAUUGCCCGAUGGAAAAGUCAGAUGAAAGGCAAGGAGUGUAAACCACGUACGAGCGAGCGCAGAAAGCGAAAUGUUUUGCAGCGAGUCAAGCGUAAUACGAUCAAAAGGAAAUGGGGUCAAUGCUAAAACUCAAACAGUUCCGCAGAGGGUUGAAAGAGCGAGCUACAUUCUUUCAUAGAAGACAGAAAAAAAGAGGACUGAUGCUUUCUUACUUCAUCUUAAUAUAGGGAUGCUUUAUGUAGCUUCCAAUAAAUAGGAAACAAGAUGACCCAUGGGGCACUCAGUGACGUAUCUAAACCGUCUAUCCAGUACUGGCUUUUCACACUCGGGAAUAGAAACUGUCGGCACUUGAAGAUGAACGAAGCGAAAUUACCCCCCCAAAAAGCCCUUAGACCCACCUUGGUGGGGACUGACUGCUCUCCCCUACGAAAGUAGCAUCGCGAUGCAGAGAUCAACAACACAUAUUCGCAUACCAUGCUUAUCUAUUGAUGUCGCAGAUCAGCGGCAACUCCCAUACUAAGUAUGAUGUCGCAUAUCGGUUGUCUAACUAGAAGGGUGGAACCUUUUCUUUUUAACUAGUCUUAAAGUGGAUGUCGCAGCCUUGAGUUCUUUUUAUUGAAUUCGCGAGAUUGAAAAUUAGGAUUGAAUGAAUAACCUGGAGAUAUAUUCCUUUUCUCAAAUAGUUCUUUAAGGGGCCUCUCUCUAUCCUUGGCUUAUUCAAUAGAGCUUUCCUUCUUUUCAUUAUUCGAUACUGCUGUGAGAUACUACGAGAGCUCGUAGGCAAUAUGAGAUAGAGCUGACUAAGAGAAAGAAGUAAGCGGAUCUUGCAGCUGUUUUCAUUCCUUUAUUUAGGUCUUGAACCUAUUAAGUAUAAGUAGAAGAUCAAGCACUGAUCUGAUGGAUCAAAUGCUUUCACUACUCGAUCAAGGGCUUCCCAAAAGGCCUAUUUACUAACUUCUCUUCGUUCCAGAUUUCCGAAUCGUUUUUUUAGUCAUGUUAGCACCACGCUUCGCUUUCCGAUAUCUGGUAUUAUGGCUUUGCGCAGACUGACCACUACCUGUAUCGGCGACUCAAUGUGAGUGUGUCGGUCACAGCCCAAUCGAGGGCAUACUUUCUAAUCUUUCUUUCGGCCAUUCAUCUUGCACUGCGUAUUUGGAUCCGAUCCCUCCCUUAUUUUAGCCAACAUCCUAUUAAGAUUAAGAUCUGCAAUUUGCAAAUAUGAGAAAAGUGGACGCUGUACUUGUCUGAAAGCGGAAACUAAGAUGAAGAGCUUAUUCUCAUUACUGGCUUGCUGUCCUUACUUUACUUUACUUAACAUAACUUUACUUAACAUACGCGUUUUCGUUAUGGACAAGCUCUCCUUCUGUGCGCAUCGAUCGACCGACGUAGGGAUUUGCAUGGGGCGUUGCGCGUCGCGUCGGAGAUUGUCAGACAAUAAACGUUUCAAUGGGUGUAGGUACAGGGGGAGGGGGUGUGGCGUACGCCACUUACUUUCUGGUGUGCAGGAUGCACUUCCCACAUGAUUGUACAGUAGGCGUUGGAGCCCUCAUCUGUAGGUACAUGGAGGUGAUCGCAUAUGCGGAGCAGCUUCCUUCGAGAUGCCUUUGACCCGGGACCUACGCACGAGAGCGUUAACAUCAAGGACGGAAGGAUUCCCAUGCAUGAUGCGUACAACUCUAAUCGCGAAGCGAAGUAAAAAAAACAAACCGAUGAAAGGAGAGAAUGCGGGAGACAGAAUGAUGUCGGGCCAGCACAAGAAGUCAGACUAAACAACCCAUUCGACGCGUCGGGGGUACUCGACCACCGGGAGAUAGGGAUUUAGUGACUUACCAACCAACCAGACAUUGAGGGCAAGACAUACCAUACAAAUCACGGCUUCGGCUGCUGUAGUCCUCUAGCCGAGCCAAGCCACUACUAGCGUGUGUGUAAUUCAUGGCAGUUCACUAUUUUUUUUGUUAUGGAGCUAUUCUCUUUCUUUUAUUUUUAUAUAGUAUAGAGAGCGGUAAGUUAGUGCUGUUCUAAGGAUAAGGAAAAGGAAAAGGAAGUGGUAGCUGUUCCAGUACACAAAGAAGGGAGAUUUGUGUAACCCGAGCUCUUUGAUCAAGACGGUGUGGCCAAAGUCAAUCCUUUGAGAAAAAAGUCAUUUAUUUUCGUUGGCUAUAGUGAUCAGCACAAGGGGUACUGCUGUUAUGAUCCCCGCACGUCUCAAGACAUGUCACAUUUGAUGAAACACGAUUUGCCUCGCUACCCCAUGCGCCUCUUCUCGGGGAGAGAUACACACACGCGCGAUGACUGCUUUGCCACCGCCCACUCUAUGUGCUCCGAUUAGCGUUCCGACGCCUGGCAUGGCAGUGCACACGGCUCAGAUUCGGUUGACCACGCUCACAUCCGCUUCAGACAUAAAGGACCAUUGAGGUCCGGCCCUAUCGUACUGGAAGUCCCAUGCUUUUCGUUUUUCUUCUCGUGCGUUAGGAUUGAAACCUAAGCUAAUUAAGCUACUAUCUCUGGCUCUGGAGAAUGGUAUCCGUUCAUUUCUGCCUGUCCAUAAGCGUAUAUAGGAUGAAGUCUAAACGAAUCAACGAAAAUUACGGUUAAGGCAUUUGAGAAUAUUAGCAUUGGGCACUCUAACUCGAAGGAAGAAGCCGAAGCCAGUCCAGUAGCUCGAACUCUGACUAUCUACGAAAAAGAUGGCAUUCUCCCUUAAUCUGCCUUGUUUUGAGAAGCGGGGAGGUAGUUUUGUCAAGCUCGUUAAACGCAACGACAGUCAAGGCUAGGAAGAUUUCCCAGGCCAGCCAACAAAGUGGGAUAUUCUUUGGAAGAAAGCCUGUAUUGUUUGACAAGAUCUUUAGGUCGGUCUCAACACGUUGGCAUCUUCUAUUCCUGACUCAUUGGGGAUAUUAUGCCUUUUGCUUGUCAGAAGUAGACCGACGAUACGGACUAAAGUAAGUCAGAUCUCCAAAUAUUUCAUCAUACUCAGUCCUGAAAGAACAAGCAAGGGAUGAGCGCACGCUGGUAGUAGAAGGAAGCGGAGAUGGAGGCAGCUAGGCAUCAGUUUGAGUUCGAGAUCGAGACCAGCUUCAGCCACUAUUGCUAGGACGGGCUUACUUAGACUGAGAACAGAGAUUCUUUUCUCUGCUAUGCUACUUUCCUCUUUCUUCCCUGAGGGCAUUCCUUUCCUGAACAUAGAGCCAAACAGUCUUGCCCGGAACCCCCGAUUCCUUCCCUUCUUGAAGAAAACGAUACCGAGAAGGCAAUAGCACUU